GAAAACUUUAAACAGCAGAUAAUUAGUCAUUUUAAAUAAGCACGAGGAGAAAAAAAGGAAACCUUCCAUCAGUUUUAUGUUCAUAAAAGUUGUCAGCUAUCAUGCUUUGAUUGUAAAGAGUUUACAGCUAUAUGUUUGAAUAGCUAAAACAUCUGUUCAGCAACAUUGUGAAAUCAUCGUUUUCGGAGCCCUUGAUAAGGGGGACUGCUGAGUGAUUGGCUCAUACCGGCUCUACAGGCAGCAAGGGCUGUACACUCAGUGGUCACCACUCGCCUUUCCUCCUCCUGGUCAGAGGAAAACGUAGGAGACAGCUACUAUUUUACACGCAAUUUUCCUUUGAGAGGCAGAGAGCAGGAAGUGCCUAGGAAAUGGUUCACGACAGAAACCUGGAGCUGUAAAUAGGAGAGAGGAGGAGGAGAGCUCAUGGGUGCAGUUUGUGAAAGCUGAAAUACUGAUACUACAGCAGCAGAGGAAACCCAGACUUCUGUAAGAGCAAGCACAUCCUAGGCCAUCCCAAUGGAAGGAGAGACGGUACCUGAGUCCAGCAGAGCAGCCAGCAAAGCCACGCGAAUUGCUCUUGGGAUCUUUGUGAGUGGCACUGUUGUGCUUGGCACUGCACUUUUCUUGGUUAGCCAAGGUAUUAUAAAGUUUCAGCCAAAGCAACAGUACUGUUUGACCGCAGAAUGCAUUGAAGCUGCUGCUGGCAUCCUAAGCAAGAUAAAUCAAUCUGUAGAUCCGUGUGAGAAUUUUUAUCGAUUUGCAUGUGAUGGCUGGAUAUAUAAUCACCCUAUUCCUGAAGACAUGUCAAACUAUGGUGUUUAUCCUUGGCUGAGACACAAUGUAGACCUCAGACUAAAGGCAUUGCUUGAGAAACCCAUCAGCAAAAGGCGAGACAGUGAAGCUGUGCAGAAGGCCAAGAUCCUUUAUGCAUCCUGCAUGAAUGAGAAUAAAAUUGAAAAAGCUGACGUGAAACCCCUGUUAAGUAUACUGAGACACUCACCUUUCCAGUGGCCUGUGCUGGAAUCCAACAUUGGACCUGAAGGGCUAUGGUCAGAAAGGAGGUUUAGCUUAGUCCAAGCCUUGGCAACUCUUCGUGGUCAACACAGUAACUCUGUCUUCAUCCGUUUAUAUGUGGCUGCUGAUGACAAAAUCUCCAAUCGUUAUAUCCUGAAGCUUGACCAAGCAAGCCUCUCUCUUGCAUCUCGAGAGGAUUACCUGGAGAACACCACAGAAGCCAAAUCUUAUCGAGAUGCCUUUUUGCAGUUCAUGGUUGAUACAGCAGUGCUUCUGGGAGCAAAUGCUUCACGAGCUGAGUCUGAUAUGAAAUCGGUUUUAAGACUAGAAGUUAAAAUAGCUGAGAUCAUGAUUCCAUACGAAAAUAGAACAAGUGAGGUGAUGUACAAUAAAAUGAACAUAUCGGAGCUUAGUGCCAUGAUUCCACAGUUUGACUGGCUGGGAUACAUCAAGAAGGUGAUUGACACCAGACUCUAUCCUGAGCUCAAAGAUAUAGGUCCUUCAGAAAAUGUGAUUGUCCGUGUUCCCCAGUACUUCAAAGAUUUAUUCAGGAUACUAGAAAAUGAAAGGAAAAAGACUCUUGCUAACUAUCUGGUGUGGAGGAUGGUUUAUUCAAGGUUAUUUAACCUCAGCAGACGUUUUCAGUACCGGUGGCUGGAAUUUUCUCGGGUGAUCCAUGGAACCACAACUUUGCUGCCCCAGUGGGAUAAAUGUGUGGACCUUGUUGAAAAUGCUCUCCCUUAUGUUGUGGGUAAGAUGUUUGUGAAUGCCCAUUUCCAAGAAGACAAGAAAGAGAUGAUGGAGGAGUUGACUGAAGGAAUUCGCUGGGCUUUUAUUGACAUGUUGGAGAAGGAAAAUGACUGGAUGGACUCUGAAACAAAGAGAAAAGCUUAUGAGAAGGCAAACGCAGUUAUGGCAAAAGUUGGUUACCCUCAAUUUAUAAUGAAUGAAACAUAUAUUAAUGAAGACAUCAAAACACUGAAGUUUACAGAAAGUGACUAUUUUGGCAAUGUGUUGCAAACUCGCAAAUAUGCAGCUCAAUCUGAUUUCUACUGGCUGAGAAAAGAAGUUCCAAAAACUGAGUGGUUUACAAGCCCAACGACUGUAAAUGCUUUUUAUAGUGCAUCUACCAACCAAAUCAGAUUCCCAGCAGGAGAACUUCAAAAGCCUUUCUUUUGGGGAACAGAGUAUCCUAGGUCAUUAAGCUACGGUGCCAUAGGAGUAAUUGUUGGCCAUGAGUUCACUCAUGGAUUUGAUAGCAACGGUCGUAAAUAUGACAAAAAUGGAAAUUUAGACCCGUGGUGGACAACUGACUCUGAAGAAAAAUUUAAAGAGAAAACAAAAUGCAUGAUUAAUCAGUACACUAAUUACUACUGGAAGAGAGCUGGCUUACAUGUGAAAGGCAAGAGGACUUUGGCAGAAAACAUUGCAGAUAAUGGAGGUUUGCGAGAGGCUUUCAGGGCAUACAGGAGAUGGAUUACAGAAAAGAGGGGAGGAGAAGAAGAGCCUUUACUGCCAGGCCUUGAGUUCACACACAACCAGCUUUUCUUUCUGAGUUAUGCCCAUGUAAGAUGCAACUCCUUUAGACCAGAAUCUGCAAGAGAGCAAAUAUAUACUGGAGCUCACAGCCCUCCUGAGUUCAGAGUUAUCGGUGCCAUGAGCAACUUUGAAGAGUUCCGUAAAGCUUUCAAUUGCCCAACAAAUACAACAAUGAACCGAGGGGCAGGAUCCUGCCGGCUGUGGUAGACGUCCAUUCCAGGUCUUCUGUCAAGAGGGGUCUGCAAUGUGAAUCGCUGCACCUGAGCUCAAGCCUGCUGCUAGAGUUUCAGAAUAACAUUUUGCAACCUGGAGAGCUGUUACUUCAAAUGCAUCACCUUAUCUAUGCUCAUUACCUGCAUGGAUCUAAUCACUCUCUAUUCAAAGCCUAGAAACACUCAAAAUGGAAGAGGAUAGGUUUUCUUUUUUAUCCAUAAAACUACUCCCUCUCAUCUUCAGUUGCACUGCUGUUGAUGGGUAACUGCCAUUAUCAAUUCUAAUUCCUGAUUUAUAGCUGGGCCAAAGACAAAUGCUAAAAUCCAGUUUUAAUCUAUUGCUCUGCAGGGGUGCUAUGCAGAAUGCUCCCACACAAAAUUUAUUCUUUCUGGAUGAAGGAAUUCAUGAGACCUGCUAUAAAGCAGCUCUGAUCUACUGUGUGAUACAGCAUUUUCAUAACUUAAACCGUCACUGCCCAGCAUGCCAUAAAUGAUGUUGCAUGAUGUAAAGGCACACAAGACUUUAUAUAAAUUAGGUUUAAUAUGUCAGAUUAGUGCCUUAGGUUUUGGAACAGUUUCAAACUGAGAAAGCACCUCACGGUUUCCAUCUGCUAAGACUAAACAGAAAGCAUACUUGUCCGAUCAUAGCCUCUUCUAAUUUUAGAACAGCUUAUGAUAAAAAACAAUGUAUGGUGAAAAUCAGAGGCUUGCAGAGGGAAUUCCCAGCACCAUGGUACUUAGAAACAUUACAGCACUUAUUCCUAUUUACAGUGUGGGCAGUUUUUUCCUAAGGAACGAUUUUUAUCUUGUGCUGAAGGUAGCUUCACCUACAUUAAUUUUUAAGCCUGAAAUACUAUACCAGUUUUAAUCUAGGAAUUUCUUAGUGUCUGGGUCUUACAGAGGAAUGUUAGUAGUGUGCAUGUUUGUCCUCGUGUUCUAGACAGGGCAGGGUGGCUUUUGAUUUUAAUGAAAGAAUAUCUGCCUGAAAAGCAGGGCCAGCAGCAUUCAACUUGUCUGAAUAAAAAAAGUUCAGUUCAGAAGCAGAGAACUUUUAAAUACAAUAUACAUGCAGGCCAGUUGAGUUUUUAAUUUGAUUUCUAACAAUAUUCAUUAAAAAAACCCAAACAUUUUAUUGCAGCAGAAGGACUUUAACACAUAACUAUUACUAAGCAGGGAGGGAAACCAAAACCAGCCCUUUCUUCCCUAUCAAAAAGAUACGUAUUUAACUGCUAUUUAUUUAUACCUUGUGCAUUAAUUCAUUUUUACAUGGUAGAAUUGUUUGAAAUUGAGAGUUUCUUUAGACUGAUUUAAUUAUUGCAAAUCUAUGUACGUAUCUUAUAUAUAUACAUUUAUAGAUAUAUACAAAAAAUUAUGAAUUCUUCUAUUUGCUAAAAUUUUAUUCUAAUAAUAUAGAUAGCAAGUUAACAAGAUAAACACUUUUUUUACAAGGAUUGAUUAAAUAUUGUCCAACUGUCAAGGUGGAGGAAGGUUCAACUGAAGCCAAGUUUUUGCAUAUGGGAUUAGUUUCCUCUGUUUCUUUAUAAAGUAGGGUGUCAUCAUGGAACCAUAAUUUAUGGAAAGAUAUAGGCCCUCAAGCUACCCUUCAGAGAGAAGGAAGGAGACAUUUCUGAACUCAAGGUACUGUUGUCACUUCUUAGUAACG